AUGGGCUGUUGGGCAAAGUUGAAGUUGUCCGACUGGGCUUAUCCCACCGCUGUCCUGUCACUCUAUGGGUUUUUUGCCAACUGCAGAGUAGCAGAGCCCUUCCUCACGCCAUACCUAAUUGGACCAAACAAGAACAUCUCUGGAGAAGUGGUGACAAACUACCUGUUCCCUAUCUGGACAUACUCCUACCUGGCCUUCCUUUUCCCCGUCUUCCUCCUGACUGACUUCCUGAAGUACAAGCCCAUCAUUAUAGUACAGGGGCUCUUCCUCGUCACCAACUAUGUCCUGCUUUGCUUCGCCCCGGGUCUGCCUGCUAUGACCUUCCUUCAGGUCAACUAUGCUGUAGUGACUUCCACGGAGGUGGCCUACUUUUCCUACAUUUACAGCGUAAUUCCAGUUGAGAAUUUCCAAAGAGCUACUGGUUACCUGCGCAGUGCUAUGAUGGCUGGUUAUACAUUUGGUGCCAGCCUCGGCCAAGUGCUCGUUUCCCUUGCAGGAGUGGACUACUUCUACAUCAAUGCUAUCACUCUGGGGAUUGUGAGCGUGGCUUUUCUCAUCUCUUUCUGGUUGCCCAUGCCCCAGAGGAGCAUGUUCUUCAAAGGGAAAAAGGAUGGAGCUGGCCCAGGGAAAGAGAAAAUGGAGCAUAAUGGCAGCCCUGGCUGCUGCAGCAGGAAAAAUGUGGCCACUGCAGGCCAUCUACUUUGGCAAAGCUUCAGGGAGUCAUACUCCUCCAGGCAUUUAGUCUACUGGUCCCUGUGGUGGGCUCUGGCCACAGCUGGCUACAUGCAGGUCUUCAACUACAUCCAGCUGAUGUGGGACCAUAUAGAACCAUCUGCCACAUCAUCCAUCUACAAUGGAGGUGUAGAGGCUGCAUGUUCUCUUGUAGGUGCUGCAGCAGCCUUCUCUGUGGGCCACGUCAAGGUGACCUGGGCCGUGUGGGGAGAGCUGGCAUUAGGGUUGUUCUCAGCUGUCGGGGCAGGUGCUGUGUUUCUGAUGGCGUUCACCAGCAGUAUCUGGGUUUGCUAUUCUGGUUAUGUCACAUUCAAAUCCUGCUACAUGCUUCUCAUCACCAUUACAACUUUUCAGAUUGCAUCUAACCUCUCAAUGGAGUGCUAUGCUUUGACAUUUGGGAUCAACACUUUUGUGGCCGUCUCACUGCAGACCAUCAUUACCGUCAUUGUUGUUGAUGAAACAGCACUGGGACUGGACAUUGUGACACAGUUCAUCAUCUAUGGCAGCUACUACGCUGCCAUCUCUGUGCUCUUUCUGAUUCGAGGGACCUACACUGCCUGUGUAAAUCACAGUCCUGGGCAGACAAGAACCAAGGAACAAGAGUCCAGUGUGGAGGUGAUCUCUGCUGAACGUUUCUGACCAAGGUUAACAAACGGUUAUAGUCUGGA